UCAUCUCGGAGGGUUGUGCGGAGCACAUUCCGCCACCGUUGUCCACCUUCGACGUAACCCGACCUCGGUUUUUGCAAUCUUUUCGCUCUUAAGCAUGGCGCUUGGUUUUUACGAUCACCCACACGGAAGUAACGACUGUUGAUGUCAAUCUCUUCCCUUUUCUUCUCUCUCUCGUUAUCUCUGCAUACAUUUUGUAGACGGCCUUUAGGGUUAUGGGACAUUCGCAUUUUUCCACCAUGGAUUAUCGGAUUGGGAGUCUUGGAUAGGGGCCCUCAUUACUGGGUUCUGGCGCUUGUAUAUAUCUGGUUAUUUGUCUUAUUGCUUGGGAUUGCGGCUUUGGGGUCCUUUGUCGCAAUGGGAGUUUGUGGGCCUCUUUGCUAUGGCGACGGUCCUUUGGAUAGGGCAAUGCAGGUACCGUUCUUAUUUUAUCAGAUAUGUGAUCGUCGUAUGCAAUGUGAUGCUGGUCCGGUGCAGAGAUAAUCAAUUUAUCCUGCCAUAAUGGGAAGCUGAGAAUGAAG